CCAGGUCAUCGCACGAUCGCCAUCAACUGCCUCCCCCCUCGACGCACCACCACCUCCACACUCCGCCGUCGUCGACGCCUCCUGCUCUCCUCAUAUACUCCCCAUCAACCACGCCCUCCUCCGUCUUUCUUCCUCCAGUCCAGAUCUCCCUUCCCAUUCGCACACGCGCGCACGGAGACGAAGAGACCCCAAGCGCAACCGCAAGCAACGCAUCCACCCCUCCCUCCCUCCCCUUCCAUGGCGCCUCUGCUCCUGCUCUUCAUCCUCGGCGGCCUCUGCGCCCUCUUCUCCCUCACCACCUCCUCGCGCUCCACCGCCGCCAAGAAGUGCGUCGGCGACGUCAAGUGCGGAGACGCCGGCAAGGGGAGCGCCAGCGAGGGAGAGGAGGAGGAGGCGGCGAGGAGGAGGAAGCAGGCGCGCGGGCCCGACCCGGAGACGGACCUGGGCAUCGUGUUCUCCACGUUCGACCACGACGGCGACGGCUUCAUCACGGCGGUCGAGCUGGAGGAGUCGCUGCGCCGGCUCGGCAUCGCCGUGUCCGCCGACGAGGGCGCCGCCAUGGUGGCGCGCGUCGACGCCAACAGCGACGGGCUCAUCGACAUCCACGAGUUCCGGGAGCUCUACGACUCCAUACCCAAGAAGCGGAAGCACCAGCACCCCGCCGCCGCCAGCAGGGAGUGCCCGGUGGNNNGUGAUGAUGAGGAGGAGAGGGACCUGCGGGAGGCGUUCGACGUCUUCGACGGCAACAAGGACGGGCUCAUCUCCGCCGAGGAGCUCGGCACCGUGCUGGGCUCCCUCGGCAUGCGCCGCGCCGGCUCCGGCGCCGGCAGGCCCGCCGUCGCCGAGUGCCGCGACAUGAUACGACUCGUCGACAGCGACGGUGAUGGCAUGGUCAGCUUCGAGGAGUUCAAGCGCAUGAUGACCGUCGUCAAGGCCUGAGCUCCUCCUCCCUCCUCUUCUCCUCACAUAUCAAGCUGGAUUGGAGCGGAUUUGCAAAGGCAAGUAACGUUAUUUUGUUCUUGGAUCGGAAGAGACGCGUCGGGUCGGUAGCAGAAGCGCGAUCAGUUAACACCAGGAGCUCGUAUUUGUUUACGGGGAGUUGAAAGCUGAAUUAGCUUCUUGCUCUGUGUUUCUCCCCUGUUCUUGAAUCUUGAUCACUUCCCCCCUCUUUUCCCAGCCUAAUUAUUCGUACUUCUUUUUUAGUUCCGUUUACUGUUUUGACUGACAAGCAACAGACAUGUAUGUACAUAUUAGUUCUUGCUCGCUGUCAGGUUAAUCUGUGGAAAAAAGAACAGCCGGAUGAAUGGAAAUCUCUACGAACAUGACUUGUUUCAUUUUGUGUUCGUGUUUGAGAUUCCUUUUUUAUGCAAUUUUGUAUCGAACAA